AUGUGUGUCGUCUUGCUCAUAGACUUGGUUCUUCUGGAGAAGAAGUCGGCCUGUGACAUCAGGACUAUGCUGCGGGCGAUGCUUACAGACUCGGAGAGGAGACAGACCUUGAUUCAGGAGCUCAUCGAGUCCAACAACCAACUUAAAGAGGAGGCUCAGCAGCACGUUAGCCGCGCUGCCCGUCAGUCCCAGAAGGUGACCGAGUUGGAGGGAGUUCUGGACAGGGUGAAGAGGAAGCUGCAGGACCUGGAAGACAGUUACAUUGGCAAGGCCAUGCAGCAGCACAGCAAAGUGCACCACCUUCAACAGGACAAGAGAGAUGCACAGAAAUGGUGCCAGGGCCUGGAGCAGAAGCUGUCUGAGGAGAGAGAUGUGGUUUCCCAGCUGCAGAGGAAGCUCUACUUCACUGUGACAGAGGAAGAGAGGCGUUUUGCUAGGCAGAACCAGGUGUUCUGGCAGAUCCACAAGAGAUCAGCUCGGCCCAACUCACUAGUGGACCAGCAGGUGUUGGAUGUAAUUGAUAUCUAUGAGGCCCAAAUGGAACAGCCCCAAUCACAAAGCUCUCCUGAAGGUGACUUCCUGUACUUUUCUAACAUGAUAAACACCAGAACUCUUCAUGGUUCUGGAUGACUUGUCUUGAACAGUGUAACGACUGUUCCUCUUGCCCUUCAUUCCAUGAUCUUAGUUCUGAAUCAGGAAUGAAUUAGGAAGGAAAUUCAGCAGUUGAAGCAAGACUUGGAAUCUAGACCCACAGUGAAAGAGCUGAAGUCCUACAAAGAACAACUGAGACGCCUGGACAGACUUAUUCACCAGAGUAACAUGAAGUGGGGAAAAAUGACUGUCAUUCUUCUUGGAUAUGACGAGCACCACAGCUUAACCUCCUAGUUAACCCCUUCCUUACCUUAACCUAGAAUGCUGCCUGUCCUAUCGGUAGUCAUAUCUCCUUUACCUCCACCCCAGGUCUGUUCAGGAGUUUAAAGAAGAGGGGAGGGCUGCUCUGAGUAACCAGGAGGUGGCGAAGGCAAGGGCCUUGGCUGCCAGACACGAGAAGGUUCUGAAUGACAUCAGAGCGGUUUUGACUACUUCCGGGGCUCCACUGAGGCUCCAUAGACCGAGGCCAUCAACCAGCCAUCCCCUGUCCAACAGGGCCUCAGAGAUGGUCGAGUUUGACGAACUCCUCUCCACUCUGGAGAUGUGGGCUGACCAACUGGCUUCACUGAAGAUGAGAGCUGACUGUCUAUAAAGCGCAUCAAACAUGUAUGCAGCCAGGUCCAAUAGUCCAGUGUCAACUUGCCCUGUCAUUGAAAGCCAGAGUUUAAGAACUCUUCAUAUCUACAACAUCUGUUGUCUGUGAUAUGUAUGGCUAGAAUAGGCUUCUUUAAUCACGUCUGUUUAUCAUUGUCUAGAGACCCGAGUCUUUACUUGUCUGUCUCUCUCUGUGUGCUUAGGACUUGCACUGUGCCCUGAGUAAGUUGAUGCUGAGACUGUUACCAUGGCAGCCAGCAGGCGCUACUAGUCUUAUGGAAAGUGUUCGAGUGGAGGACCUUAUGCUACUGGUGGACAGUCUGCUAGAGGAGACCAACUCUGGGGAGGAUAAGGUUGGUAGUCCUUGCUUACAGCAGUGGCUGGAGUAACCAUGGAAACUACAUCUCAACUUUAGAUGAGGCAAAACAUACCUCAGAUCAUUUCUCAUGUACAAUGUUUGUGAUACAGCGAUAUUCUCCAAUUAUUUUUCUUUACAAAAAAUGUAUGAAAAGUUGUGUAUCGGUGAAAGCCGAACUCUAUGUGAAACCAACUCUAACCAGUUGCUGAGGAGCCCCACUAGGAACACACUCCAGUCCAUGGUGUCCCACUUCCAGAAGCUGUUUGAUAUAACCUCCCUCAGCGGAGUGUAUCCACGUAUGAAUGAGGUCUACUCCAGGCUUGGGGAGAUGACCAACGCUAUGAGGAACCUCAGGGACAUCCUGGCCCUGGGUAGGACUGUCUGUCUACAACUCAUUUGAGCUAUUCUACAGCACCAUUGGCACAUACUGUACUGGUCAAUUCAUGUUCUCCAGAACAUAACACUGAACAAAAAUGUAAAUGCAACAAAAUCAUUCAAUUGAAAUAAAUGAA